AUGCCCAAGUUGGACAAUUUAAAAGUCAUAUCUUGUCUAAGUAAAAAAGCUAAAUUUGGUAUUGAUGAUCCUGAUGUUAUGAACCUUUAUAAGGUUGAAAUUAAUACCGAUGAUGAAGGCAAGGUUAAAGAUGUAGAGGAUAUUGAACGAAAACGUGAUGAACUUAAAGCCAAAUUUAUGAAUCCAGCGGAUGUGUUUAUAAGUGAUUAUUUUCCAGAUAAACCUCCAAUUAAACACGUUCAUAUCAUCAUCGCAGUCCUACUUCCUAAGCGUCUCCCAAUGAGCUCAAGAGAAAAAGACCUAUCACGAACGAAGAAAUUAAGAUGA